UCUCUCUCCUUUUCUCCUUACAAAUCUCUCUCUCUCUCUCCUCAGAGUUUAAUUGCUCCUCUUGUCACCCAUUUUAUUUUCUCAUCAAAGUUACUUCCCAUCAAGUUUAUUGCUUCUUUGACACUCAUUUUUCCUCUCUGUUUUCUCGUCUCUAUUUUUAUCUCUCUUACAUAUCAAAUCUCUCUCUUCUGAAAUAUCAAGUUUAAAUGCUUUUUUCUGUCACCCAUUUUUCAUCUUCUACAGAAAGAAAAAAAAGAAAGAGAUUUCAUGUUUUCACACCUUUUCACUCAGGUCAAAAGACUCGUACUUCCAACUCUUGAGUCUCUCCCUCUCUCAACACCUUGGGUCUUUCCUCUCUCUCUAACUCCUUAGGGCUUGUAAUGAGCUUGGUGUGUGAGUAUCUGCCAUCGAAUCAGUUAAGUUAAGACUCAUCCAUUGAUUGGGUUUCAGUUAAGACUCAUCCAUUGAUUGGGUUUCAGUUAAGACUCAUCCAUUGAUUUGAUAGUCUCUGGUUCUGGCUAGAGGGAUUGAAUUUUGAGAAAGGAAUUUAUUUUAGAGGGAUUGAAUUUUGGGAAAGGAAUUUAUUUUUUCAAGUUGAAGCUCCUAAUUCAAGAUACGGACCUGGGGAGCUAUUUGUUGUUAACUAUUUCCUUUGAAUUAUAAUCUUUGUUAUCCAUAGAUUAUGUUCUUUGGUGACAGUUGGAUCUGUGAGGGAGGUUAAGUAUCAACCAGGGCUAUGUUCAGGCUUUCAUCACUUGGCUCUCCAUUUGGAUUUUGCAGCUGGAUUCUUAGUCCUUAUUUGUGCAUCUGGUUUUCCACUAUCUGCUUCUUGAAUCGGCCCUGGUUUCUUUUUCAAAUAUUGGUUCCUGCAAUUAUGGUUUCUAAUCGUCUAACUUGAGCUGGGUCUUGGUAGUUUGACCCUACUUGCCCAGGGAUCUGCAACUAGGGUUUCGAUUCUUUUUCAGAUAGCAGCUUCUCUAGUUAGGAUUCUGCAACUAGGGUUCAGACUAAUGUUAUGAAACCAGCUUCUCUAAAUAGGGUUCCAGUUAUUGAUCUGCAAAUAAGGUAUUGGUAGUUUCGUGCUACUUAGCUGUGGAGGGAGAUCUUUUUCUUGGAUUUCCAUUUCAAGUAUUGUACGUCUGGGUACAAAGUGUCGUACUGAGUAUUGGGUCUCAGUAUUUGGAUUGGGGAAAAUUAAUCCUGCCAUGAAUGAGUGUGAUGAAAACAUGGGUUUGAAGGAUCGAAGCAGUUCUCCAUCGCUCGAUGAAAGUGGUGGAUGUGGGAGUGGAGGAGGUGGGGUUUUGAAGAAAGGGCCGUGGACUUCAGCCGAGGAUGCCGUAUUGAUAGAAUAUGUGAAGAAGCAUGGAGAAGGGAACUGGAAUGCAGUGCAAAAGCACUCAGGGCUUUCUCGUUGCGGAAAGAGUUGCAGGCUAAGGUGGGCAAACCAUCUUAGACCCAAUUUGAAGAAAGGGGCUUUCACUGCAGAUGAGGAGCGCCUGAUCAUCGAGCUCCAUGCUAAAAUCGGGAACAAAUGGGCUCGAAUGGCUUCUCAGCUUCCAGGGCGCACUGACAAUGAGAUCAAGAACUAUUGGAACACCCGCAUCAAGCGUCGGCAACGUGCUGGUCUACCCCUCUAUCCCCCCGAUCUGCAUUUGCAAGCAACAGGAGAAGGCCAACAAAGCGAAAAUAUUGGUGAAUUCACACUUAAUGAAAACCACCAUUCUGACUUCCUCCAAUCCAACAAGCUUGAUUUCCCUCAUGUCUCAUUUGAGGCCCUUAAACCUAACCCUGAAACUCUAACCCUACCUUUUGUCCCACCUUUCUCUGAGGCUCCAAAUGGUGGAAUCCUAACACGGAGCCUGGGGCCCCACCAAGCGUACACCCCCUUCAUACCCCCCUCGCUGGUCCACCCCCCCAAGAGGCUUAGAGGAGGUGAAUCGUCCCUUCUUUCAACCUUCCCCAAUGGGAUCAUCCCAAUGAGCCCCCUAAAUCAAUUUCAAAGUGAAAACUAUCGAAAAAAUCAGUUUCAUGUUGAAACCAAUGAGAAAUUCCAUCGCCCAUUUUCAUUAGGUCAUCAUCCGUUUGAUCCUGACCCCAUCGAAAAGAACAAUGCCCUGUUAGGGAGCGUUGUAACGGGUAGCCAUGCCCUUUUAAAUGGCACUUUCUCUACUUCUAAGCCCCUUUGUGGGGCUGUGAAGAUGGAGCUCCCUUCACUCCAAUAUCAAGACCUCUCCGACCUUAAAGGUUGGGGUGUUUGCCCUUCAGGCCCCCCAAAUAUAGAGGCGGUCGAGUCUUAUAUCCAAUCACCUCCUUCCAUGGCACCACCUACUCAGAAUGAGUGCUUCUCACCUCGAAGUAGCGGUCUAUUAGAUGCUUUGCUUCAUGAGUCUCAUGCGUUGGGUAGUAGUGCUAGUAAGAGCCCUGCUUCUUCUGAGGUGGUGGGCCCUCCUCCUAGGGCUUCUUCUGUUGGUCCCAUUGCUGGCCUUUCAGAGCAUAGGAGGGUGAACACAUGUGAAGAGUGGGGGGGAUUUAGAGAUCCCAUCUCUCCAUUGGGGCAAUCAGCAGCCAUUUGCCUAAGCGAGUCAACGCCCCCUCUGAGCACGACGAGCCUUCUGGAAGAGAUCGCACCUGCCAAAGCAUCGCCAUGUGCCCUUGUGAAGACAGAAGCAGUUGAGCACUUCUCGGAUUCAGAUGGGGAAGACAGAUUCAUGGAUUUCGAUAGGCGUGAGACCUCGCUUAUUUCUGAUUGGUAUGAGCAAAGCUGGGAGAGUGGCAAAGAGCCAUCAGGGGUCACAGAUGCAAUCACAUCACUCCUUUCUGAAGACUUCUGCAAUGAAUACAAGCAGCUCUCAACUGAAUCCUCUGCAUCGAAUCAAGCAUGGACUCUUGGUUCAUGCCUUUGGAACAACAUGCCCCCAGUUUGCCAGAGUGAUAUCCUUGACAAUGCUUAAAGCAUAUUGUCUUCUUAAAAGAAUGGGUGGUCUUAAAAUAGAGGUAACAUGCUCAAAUCUCUCUCUCUCUCUCUCUCUCUCAUUGAUGAAUCUUUUCAGUCCAAGUUGAUGUGUGCACUGGGUAUUUGAUGGAUUUCGAUUAUUUGUUGUUAUAGUUAGCUGCUUUCAUAUUGUGGUGAACUUCUGAAGAGAAUUUUGGGGCAUUUAUUUGGAUUGUACUGUGGAUCAAACUCUACAUCUUGAUUGUUUAGUUUGAGUUGUAUUUGCAGGUUAGUGGUUAUAUGAAACAGACACCAUCUACCUGAUUUUUUGUUUUCUUUGCAACAAACUUGUUCGAGUCCUUAGUUUUUAAGGAGACAAGGUCAUCCAUGUGUG